AUGCCAACCUCCGAAAAUGAGCAGCAACAGCGGUGCGCGUGGACGGACCUUGUUGAAGCCUUGCGCAAGAAGGCCGGCACGCUGCAGACGCCUGCCGACGCCAGAAACGGACUUGGAGAAGCUCUGCGACGGCCCACCAUGGACGAAACCGAAGUUGCCCAGGCUACACUUGACGUCCGCCAAGCUGCCUUGGAUCUCGCCGCUCUGAUGGCCCGCCGCCGAGGAGCCGAUGAUGCAGCGAGGGCAAUGAAUACGGCGUUCGACAAAUACCUGACCUGGCAAAAAAGGUGCGUAAUGGAGAGGAUUGGAGAAGAAGACGGAACUCUAUUGUACCUGGUGGAGUUGGGGGCCGACGUGGUAGCCACCGCAGCACUUGGACCCUGA